AUGCGUUUCUCUACCGCUCUCGUCGCCGUCCUCCCGGCCCUUGCCCUGGCCGACACCACCAGCGUCAGCGCCGCGCCCAGCAUGACCACCGUCACCGACACCAGCCGCACCACCAUCACCACCACCUGCACCGACACGGCGCACCUCACCAAGACGGUCACGCUCUCGCGCAUACACACCACCGUGUCCACCAUCAACAGCACCAGCACCGUCAUCCAGCCCACCGGCGGCAUCACCCACCCGACAACCUCGCUGCCCUCGGCCUCGCUCACGUCCAGCACCACCCCGUCCGCGGUGCCCUCCAAGGGCCCGGCCAAUGCCGGCGCCGCCCUCGACGCCGGCAAAUUUGCCUUUGCUGGUGUCGUCGGCAUGCUUGUCGCCGCCCUUUUGUAA